GCUGUGUUUACAAAUUAAUUGGCUUGGUCCAAUGGCCAUGGUCAAGAUAUUCAAUGGAUAUAAUAUUUCAUGUGAUAGUGAUGUAUGUGUGUUGACUGCUGUGAAAUAAUACAAUUUUAUUACUUCAAAGUACAAUAUAUGUUCACUAUGUGAUAUAGAGCCUAGUGUUACGUAUGUCCUACAAAAUUUUGCUUAACCUCAUUUUGUUAGUUUCAUUUCUUGUUAUUUUCUAUGUUGUUCAAACCAAUAAAGAACAAACAGAUGCAUUCAGAAAUCAACAAGAGUUUACAGAUAAUCUCGAGGCUGGAUUUUCAACCUCCGUGAUUAAAAGCAAUUUCUCAGAAAUUACAAAAUUACCUAGUGUAUCAGUUGUUGAUAAAUAUUUCAAUAUAUGGUGUAUAUUUACAAAAGUAAAAAGUAGAAGUUCUUCCCUCAGAUACAAGUUUGAAACAUUGAUAAAAUCUAUUUUUGAGUCAUCAAGUAUAAAAUUGUCUUUUCAUAUUAUAACUGAUUCAAAGAGCCAAUAUUUCGCUGAGAAGAUAUUUGAUGACAUAAACUCCUCAUCUACAACACCAAUUGAAUUUAAGGUGCAGUACCAUGAUGUGAAGAACAUAACCUCCCAACUGUCAGGGUUGACAACGACCAUGCUGCCAUACUUUAGCUCUCAGCCAGGGGCUUACUACAGUGACGCUCUGUUUUUCAUCUCCCUGGGACUACACAGAGUGGCACCAGCCAUCCAGACUCGGGCGGUGUUGCUUGACGUUGAUACCAAGUUGGUGGAUGACAUUGCUCUGCUCUUUCAGGAGUUUAAUAGGUUCGGUGAGAGAGCGGUUCUAGGUAUCGCCCCUGAGCUGUCGCCUGUCUACCAGCACAUCCUGUACUCGUACCGCAGUAGACACAAGCACACACCCCUAGGAAGUCCCCUCAGCUUAGGUGGCUUCCCAGGGGUCAACAGUGGAGUACUGUUGCUGCACCUGGAUAGACUCAGGGCCUCGGCCGAGUACAACCACCUGCUCACCCCCCAGGCUGUCCGGCGGUUGGCCAACAAGUACAGCUUCAAGGGACACUUGGGAGACCAGGACUGGUACACUCUGGUAGGGAUGGAUCGGCCACACUUGCUACACUUGCUGCCAUGUGGUUGGAACCGGCAACUGUGCGACUGGUGGCGUGACCACGGAUACCGAGAUGUUUUCGACAGCUUUGCAUACUGUAGCCAGCGCACACGGCUCUAUCAUGGCAACUGUAAUACUCCUAUCCCACGUGAUUAAUCUAAUAUUCUAUCUGCAGUAAACUAAAACAGCCUCCAGUCAAUGUAAGUUUGAUCAAUGAGUACUUCUUUAUUUUUACAUUUUUCUUUUUUUACGCUACUUCCUAAAAGUUAACUUGCUGUGUUAUUUUGUAGUACAUUCCAAUUCAGUCUUAAAAUUAUGGUACAUUAAGUUAAACAAUUUAGUAUGUAUAUAUUAAAAAUACUAGUUAAUUCAUUAUUAGUUAAUUUUAGAUUUAUUCAUGAAUUUUAGAUUUAUUCAUAAAUAACUCUCUAUUGGGGUUUUGACCGCUGAUUGAGGUUCAAUAUUGAGAAAACAUGGUAAUGUGUGUACAUAUUGCAAUCAAAUAACAAUUUAUUUUAUUAAUAGAUAAUGGGUUAAUUUAUUUCAUCAAGUGCAAUACAACAUUUACAACCGUUCUACCUUCAACUGUCAUAGUUGGAAUUUUAAUUUGUUUUAUAAUAGGCUGUAUCGAAUUUAGUGAAGUGCUAGUUGAAAUAUGUUAUAAUGAACUGCCACAACAGUAUCCAAUAUUUUAGUUGUCCCUUACCUCCAUUGUACAAUUUAAUUUUAUGGUAAUUUUUAGAUUUAUUCCCGUGUUUUUCCCACAUUAUAAAACUAUUGGUUCCAGUAUGCUCACCUAGGGAUUUGAUACUUCUUGUGUAUUACUGUGUGUAAAUGUUACUUUUAGUAUCAAUAAUCUGAUUUAUGUCACACACUGUACACCGGUGAGCACAAUCUUAGACCAAUCCUCCAUAGGCUCAAAUGCGGUAUUUUGUCAGGUUAUUGUGUAAGUCAGCUAGACAUCACAAAAGUAAUAUUAUAGUUUAUUGAAUCUAUAUCCAUGGCUGUUAUUUAUACUAUGCCUUUCUUGCCUUGUAAAUAGUGAAAGUGCAAUAAAUAAUAUUAGUUCAACUCCUCACCAUGAUAUCAUGGUCAUCGUUUGCAUUGUUUUCUGUGUAAUAAUUUCUCUAAAUAUAACAAUGAUGAGUUGUUUGUGUACAUGACACAUAUGCAAUGUAAUUUUCUGAGUAGAUUCAGACAAAAUUUGUAUAGUUAGUAAUAAAGCUCUGUAAAUAUUAUAAAAUUUGUAUAUUCCAAUAAAACUGAUAGAAGAAACUAAUUUGAAGUUCUAGGUGAAAAUAAGCUUAUGAAUGAAAGCUUUAAGAAUAAUGUAUAUUGAGUACAAAAAGAGAAAUAAACAUUAAUUUAAAAGAAUAUUAGAUCAUAUGAUGUGUGAAAGAAGUUACAGUAUGUGUAAUCAUUUCAAGAAAUUCAUAACCCCUCAUAAUUGUUUUCUGUAGUCUUAUACAAUCUUAAAUGCUUCUUGAUGGCCUGAAAACUUAUCGUAGGUAUCUUAAAAAUUACAUGUAAAUUAUUAUAGGCCACACAUAUCUAUUUUCUUGUCGAAUUAUUAUUUUAUUGGUUUACAGACUUUGAUUUGGUGAUUCCUUUGCAAUAAUACAGAAUCAGGACUUCAGCUGCUUGAUUAAUUUAAAGUUACCAGUUAUUUUUGCUUGCCAUUUUUCUGCUUCCUUAUUUUGUAAUAUUGUUUAUUAGUUUAUAUACAUUAUUAGUAUUUUUGCAUAAUAUAUAUUUGCUUUCUAUUCUUUUAUUGCACUUUAGUUAUUGUAAUAAAUAGAAUAGUUUAGCCUUUACUCGAUGUAGACACAGAAAAACUGAGUACUGAAUAGUUGUGCUGUAAGUCAACUGUCCCUUUUUUACUGGAGUCUAGUUCAGAGUUAGAAAUAACUGUAUGAAGGGAUUUGUUAAAAUCUCUGCUAAUUUUUGAGCAGAUAGAGAAUAAUUGAUUGUAAUAUGUGAAAAAGUAAUUUCUUUCGACCUUAUUGUUUUGAAACUUAUGUAAUUUUAUUCAAGAUUAAGUACAUUUUGCAUUGUGUAUUGAUACUUUGAACACUGCCCUCUUUGUCUCUGAUGUUCAUUCUUCAAAGGUAUAUCUUUUACUAUCCUAUUGAUAAUAAGAUUUCUCUACCCCAGUUUUAUAGAUUUUGAACAAAUAGACAUGAAACAUUUUGAAUACAUCAAAAAGUUGAAAUUGAAUUUAAACUAUUGCCUGUUAUAUUUUUCUCUGUAAUUUUGCUUUAGGUAUACUUCAGUGUUCAAACGUCACUUUUCAGUUUUCUGUGUUGUAAGAAUCUCAGAGAAUUUAUAUUAUAAACCAAUUGCAUGUGACAUUGUAAUUGUACUAGAUGUUAGUUAUAACAUGUUUGUUUUAUUGAUUAUUUUAAGUCUCGUUUUUAUUAAUAUUUAGUAUUUUUAUACAUUUAUCACUGUUAUAUUUUAUAUUAAAUAAGAAGCUUUUGUUUAUAUUAUUUUACACAAACAAAAGACAAUAUAAUAUUUAUGGCACCAGACAACAGAAUAUGUGAUGUUAUUGUACAGAUUAUAGUGUUUAAGAAUAUUAUGUGUUUUAUAAAAUACAGUACAUAUAUAUAUAUAUAUAUAUAUAUAUAUAUAUAUAUAUAUAUAUAUAUAUAUAAUACCACUUUAGUAAUACAUUUGUAUAAGUGGCUAUUUCUAUACAUUUUUGUAAUUAUGUGUCUAACAAACAAUGUUAUAAAAGUAAAAAACGUGUAUGACAUCUUAAGAAUAAGUUAUUUUGUGUGAAACAUUGGUCCUUUAUUGCUGUUGCCCAAACAUCACAAUAAAAAUAUAUCAUUCCAAUUACAAAAGAAUCACAGUAAUAAAAUCAUAUAUUGUAGAUAUUAACAAUAGAUAUAUCAUACAUCAGAUAGAUAGAUUUCUUGUUAUAUGAAAUUUAUUACUUACUAACACUUACAAAAAGUCAUUACAAUAUCAAUUUAUUCAAUACUAAAAAUAAAUUAGAUAUUUUUACUAUUGUUUAACUGAUACAGUUUAUUUAAACAUUAAUAUUAUUCCUAAUGUAAAACACAAAUAAUUUCUCAUACUAAAUAUGGAGGAAAUAAGUAUUAAUCCGUAGUUGUACAGAUUCUUCAGAAAAACUAUUCUUUUAAAAAUUUUGUUUAAAUGUUUUGACAUUAAUGAAAACAAUUUAGUUUGAAUGUUACUGGACAUUGGAAACCUAUUAAAGCAUUCCCGUUCUGUAUUAUUAAAUUUGUAUUUGGGAAAAUUCCAUGUUAUUCCUAGUAAAAAGAGGCAGAACUACACUGAAAAAUAUAGAAUUUACUCUGCAGUGGUAUGCCAUUGGUUUCUUUGCUAUGUCCCGAACCUGGAUAGAAGAAAAUGGUGUUUCCAUAAGACACAUUUUAGUGUUGAAGAGCAUACAGAACAAGUGUUAAAUGUGCCAUUUAGAAUGAAAAUAUUUCUUCCAACUUAGUCAGAAGAAAAAUAAAUUUUAUCAUAUAAAUGUCUUGACAUUAUAUAUUAGAGCUAUCGGAAAAUAUGUAACAAUAAAUGCUCCAUUAAAUUGCUUGGAAAUUUAAA